GGGGUUGGCGGCCGCCGGCGGUGAUGUCCGGGGCUUCCCGCCUCGCAGCCCGGGCUGAGGAGGUCUCCGGUGGGAGCCCGUCCCCCAGGCUGGCGGAGCAUGGUGGCAGCGGCGGUGGCGGCUGGGAACUGAAAAGGAGCCAGCGGCCGAGGAGGGGCCCCUGCAGCCCCCGCAGGCCCCAGCAGGAGAUGGAGUAUGAGAGACGAGGCGGCCGCGGAGAUCGAACCGGCCGCUACGGCGCCACCGACCGCUCCCAGGACGACGGGGGGGAGAGCCGCAGCCAGAGGGACCAUGACUAUCGGGACAUGGACUACCGCUCCUACCCCCGGGACUUCGGCGGCCAGGACUCCAAGCACGACUACGAAGACUCGUCUGAGGAGCAGAGUGCAGAGGAUUCCUAUGAGGCUUCCUCGGGGUCUGAGACUCAGCGCAAGCGGGACAGCCCUACCGAGCCGUUGGGUUUCCCCGGAGACGGCGACUACCGGGACCAGGACUAUCGGACAGAGCAAGGGGAGGAGGAGGAGGAGAAGGCCAGUAACAUCAUCAUGCUGAGGAUGCUCCCUCAGUCAGCCACUGAAAACGACAUCCGAGCGCAGCUGCAGUCACACGGGAUCCAGGCGCGGGAGGUGCGGCUGAUGCGGAACAAAUCAUCAGGUCAGAGCCGAGGCUUCGCCUUCGUCGAGUUUAAUCACUUGCAGGACGCUACACGAUGGAUGGAAGCCAAUCAGCACUCCCUCAGCAUCCUGGGCCAGAAGGUUUCCAUGCACUACAGCGACCCAAAGCCCAAGAUCAACGAGGACUGGCUCUGCAACAAGUGUGGCGUGCAGAACUUCAAACGGCGGGAAAAGUGCUUCAAAUGCGGAGUGCCUAAAUCAGAGGCCGAGCAGAAGCUGCCCCCGGGCACCCGACUGGAACAACAGAUCGUGCCCCUGGGGGGCCGGGAGCUGAGCCAGGGGCUGCUGCCCUUGCCCCAGCCCUACCAGGGCCAGGGCGUCCUGCCCGCCCAGCCCCUCUCCCAAGGCUCGGAGCCCUGCGCGGAGAACGCCAACGACACCAUCAUCCUGCGGAACCUGAACCCACACAGCACCAUGGAUUCGAUCCUGGGAGCCCUGGCCCCCUACGCCGUCUUGUCCUCCUCCAACGUCCGGGUCAUCAAGGACAAGCAGACGCAGCUGAACCGCGGCUUUGCCUUCAUCCAGCUCUCCACCAUCGUGGAGGCCGCUCAGCUGCUCCAGAUCCUGCAGGCCCUGCACCCUCCUCUCACUAUCGACGGCAAGACCAUCAACGUGGAAUUUGCCAAAGGGUCCAAGAGGGACAUGGCCUCCAACGACGGCAACCGCAUCAAUGCCGCCUCGGUGGCCAGUACGGCCAUCGCGGCAGCUCAGUGGGCCAUCUCCCAGGCGUCCCAGGGUGGGGACGGGAGCUGGGCGGCCCAGGAGGAGCAGGCCGUGGAUUACGGCUACUACCAGCAGGACGACAGCUACUGCAGCCAGAGCGCAGAGGCCGCCCUCUACGCCCACAGCUACCUCAAGGGAGCCAAGCCCCCGGGCAGCGCAGGCGGCAAAGGGGACCCUACGGGAUCAGGGAGCGAGGCGUCCCUGGAGCCGGGGGUGCCCGGAGUGGAGCCCGUGCCAUUGCUUCAGCCCUUCCCCCGGGCCCAGCCCGGCACCGUGCCCAACGUCUACCAACAGCCAGGGGCCGAGGCGGGCGGCCCGCAAGGAGCCGCCCCCAACAACCAGGCCCAGCCCUACACCAUCGUGUCUCCAGCCGUGCUGAAACCGGACCUCCUGAGCCCCGCGCAGCCCGGCACCGCCCCCCCUCCGGCCACCAGCCCCACCGGCCAGGAGCCCUACGGCCAGUACCCCGUCCCCGACGUCUCCACCUAUCAGUACGACGAGACCUCCGGCUACUACUAUGACCCCCAGACGGGCCUCUACUACGACCCCAACUCUCAGUAUUACUACAACGCCCAGAGCCAGCAGUACCUGUACUGGGACGGGGACCGCCGAACCUACGUGCCGGCCAUGGAGCAGACCGCCGACGGCCACAAAGAGGGCGGGCCCGGGCUAAAGGAGGGCAAGGAGAAGAAGGAGAAGCACAAGACCAAGACUGCCCAGCAGAUUGCCAAAGAUAUGGAGCGCUGGGCUCGCAGCCUCAACAAGCAAAAGGAGAAUUUCAAGAACAGCUUCCAGCCCAUCAGCUCCCUGCGCGAAGACGAGCGGCGAGAGUCUGCCACGGCCGACGCUGGCUACGCCAUCCUCGAAAAGAAGGGAGCGCUGGCCGAGAGGCAGCACGCCAGCCUGGACGUCCCGAAGCUGACCAGCGAUGACCGGCUGAGCCCACCGCGGGGGCUGGUGGCGGCCUACAGCGGGGAGAGCGACAGCGAGGAGGAGCAGGAGCGCAGCGCCGAGCGGGAGGAGAAACUGACGGACUGGCAGAAGCUGGCUUGCCUGCUCUGCCGCCGCCAGUUCCCCAGCAAGGAGGCCCUCAUCCGCCACCAGCAGCUGUCGGGGCUGCACAAGCAAAACCUGGAGAUCCACCGGCGGGCCCACCUGUCGGAGAACGAGCUGGAGGCCUUGGAGAAAAACGACAUGGAGAUGAAGUACCGGGACCGCGCCGCAGAACGCAGGGAGAAGUACGGCAUCCCGGAGCCCCCCGAGCCCAAGAAGAGGAAGUACGGAGCCGUAGCCGCUGCCACAGUGGACUUCGAGCAGCCGACCCGGGACGGGCUGGGGAGCGACAACAUCGGGAGCCGCAUGUUGCAGGCCAUGGGGUGGAAGGAGGGCAGCGGGCUGGGCCGCAAGAAACAGGGCAUCGUCGCACCCAUCGAGGCCCAGACCCGGGUGCGAGGCUCAGGCCUGGGGGCCCGGGGGAGCUCCUAUGGCGUCACCUCAACCGAAUCCUACAAGGAAACGCUGCAUAAGACCAUGCUGACCCGCUUCAAUGAGGCCGAGUGAGGCAUCCCCCGCCCCCGGCGCCAUUAGCAGCAAGCCCAGGAAGGGGCCCCCGCGGCCCGGCCCCGGCCCCCGACUCGCUGCCCCAUCCCCCUGGGACCUCGCUUCUCCCACCGGGGUGGGUUAGGUUCAGUUCUGUUCAGUUUGCGUCUUUAUUGGGAAGCGAUGCACUGUCACGUUCUUUUGUAAUAAAACCCGAAAAGCCCUCA